AAAGCGAGACUACCGGCCUCCAAACAUUGACAUAGCCUGAAGCACCUCAAUCCGAGAGGUACACCCGUCGCCUUCUGCCACCUCCCCGCCGUCAACCCGGUCACCAGAGCCAUCAAGCUGAUUACCAACCCCCGAAACCAUGGCAGAACCCACAAAAGUCACCGAGAUCACCUCCGAACUCGGGUUCCAAACCUUCGCCAACACCGUCCCGGCCACCGCCCUCCUCGUCGUCUACUUCCACGCACCAUGGGCCGCGCCCUGCAAACAGAUGGCCACCGUCCUGGACACCCUCGCCAGCACCUAUCCCGCACAGAGCCCGCCCGCCAUCAGCUUCGUCUCGAUCAACGCGGAAGAGGUGCCCGAGGUCUCCGAGCAGUUCGACGUGACGGCAGUGCCGUUCAUCGUGCUGCUGAGAGGCGGCGCACGGCUCGAGACGAUAUCCGGCAGCGACGCGGCUAAGGUGCGGGCAGCGGUCGAGCGGCAUGCGGCGCCGGGUGGCGCACCGGGUGGCCAACGACUGCCACCGGCGCAGCAGGUGGUGAAGAAGGCAGAGGACACGACAUUGGGAGAUGUGGGAAGCACGACGAACGGAGCACUAGGAGCCAGAGGAAACGAGACAGCACCGAUAGAUAGUACUGGUGAGCAAGACAAGGAGGCACUAUUUGCACGGCUCAAGGAUCUGGUGAAGGCGGCGCCGGUGAUGCUGUUCAUGAAAGGGACGCCCAGCGCUCCACAGUGCGGGUUCAGCAGACAGACGGUGGCGCUACUGAGGCAGAAAAACGUGCGAUAUGGGUUCUUCAAUAUUUUGGCCGACGACGACGUCAGACAGGGGCUCAAGGAGUACGCGGACUGGCCGACUUUCCCUCAAUUGUGGGUUGAUGGGGAGCUGGUGGGUGGAUUGGACAUCGUUCGAGAGGAAUUCGAGAAUAACGACGAGUUCCUGACGGAGUAUUCCACAGGGGCAACGGCAGCAGCAUAGAUCAUAAUGAAUUGAAGACCCCAUGAUCAUAAGAACGUGUGUUUGCCGUUUGGCGAGCCGUGAGGAUUAGGCCUUUGGGGGUGACGACAGAUUCACAGAUAGGAUGUGACGGGUCGGUAGUUGGUGGUGCAGUACGG